AUGCCUUUGUCCCUCUCAUUUCGCGGCCUUUUCUGCCGUCGCGCCUUGACAAGCCCCGGCGCCGCCUUUUCUCGUCUCUUUUCCACAACCACAUCUGCCAUGGCACGCCUCCCACCCAAAGUCGCGGCCAAGCCCGCCCGCAAGAACCGCCAGGCGCCUAAAUCCGAAAAUUACCUGCGCAUCAAGAUUCUCAAGCAAAACAUGUUCUCGCCCGCACCGCCGCCUCUGCGCAUGGCCCGCCAGCGUUACCUGCGACAUUGGACCAUCCACCGCGCUUGGCAGCUAUUCCGCAGGCAGCAGCAUGAUGCCAUUGCAAAAGAACGCUACAGGAUGCACGCCGGCAUGUUCAACGCCUGUGAAGAGUUGCGCAAGACGGUCGGGCCUGAGGGAAGGGGCGAGGGAUACCUGUACCGUGUCGCGAUGGAGAAGAAGGGUGUGUAUGGACUCAAUGGUGUUCCGAUCGAGUAUGCGAGGUUUCAGACGGAUACUCCGUCCAAGGAGCCAUGGAAUCAUGAGUGGAAGAAGUAG